AUGGCCGCGGCCAUCGAGCUCCUCGACGUGAGCCAGGACGGCGGCGUCAUGAAGUCGAUCAUCCGCGCCGGCGCGGGCCGCAUGCCCGUGCUCGGCCAGGUCGCGGAGAUCACGUACACGGCGCGGAGCUCGAGUACCGGUGUGUUCCACGAGGCGGCGCGGGAACGCUGGGUCUGCGGCGCGCCGGGCAACGUGCGCGGCCUCGACGUCGCCGUCGCGUCGAUGCGCGUCGGCGAGCGCGCGAGCUUCGAGGUGCGCUUCGACUACGCGUACGGCGAGGCGGGCCUCGCGGGCAAGGUGCCCGCGCGCGGCGACGUCGCCUACGACUGCGAGCUGCUGGCCGUCGCCGACGCGGCGCCGGCGACCGACGAGCCGCUCGCGCUCCCCGCCGAGGCCGCGAACCCGUCCGCCGCGGGCGCCGAGACCGUCGAGGUCGACGGCCUGCCCGUGAAGCUCGAUUCCCUCGGGCCCAUGGUCGUGAACAAGGACGGCACGCUGAGCCGCAUCACGAACUGGCACGAGAUGACGGAGCCCGAGCGGCAGAAGACGCUGAGGAUCAUCGCGAAGCGGAACAAGAAGCGCCUCGACGCGCUGCAGGCGGAGCUGAACGACAGCGUGGACGCGCCCAUGCUCGGCGCCCUCUUCGGCGCCGAGUCCUCGAGCGGCUCCGAGUCCGAUGACGAGUCGUCGGGCUUCGCGCCGCCGCCCGCGGCGCCGUGGCAUGCGGACGCCGACGACGCCGAGCCGCCGCCGCGCUCCGACGCCGGCGACCCGCAGCGCGACGCCGAGACCGCGCUCGUCGCGGGCGGCGCGUCCGUGCGGCUGCGGCAGCGGGGCGCGGACCUCGCCUGCAAGGGCGGCGUGUGCUGGGGCGCCGCGCGCGCGCUCUGCGCGCUCUUCGCCGCGAACCCCGCGCGCGCGGACCUCGCGGGCCGGCGGAUAUUGGAGCUCGGCGCCGGCACGGGCGCGGUCGGCCUGUGGAUCGCGCUGCGGUACCCGACGGCGCGGGUGACCCUCACGGACCUGCCCGAGGCCCUGCCGCUCAUCCGGGCCAACGCGGCGCUCAACGGCGUCGCGGACCGCGUCCGCGUGGCGCCGCUCGCGUUCGGCGACCCGGUGCCGUCGGAGGACGACCCCUUCGACGUCGUCGUCGGCUCGGACCUCCUCUACUCGGUGCAGUGCGAGGUGCCGUGGCGGCAGCUCGCCGCGACGCUCGCGACCGCGCCGCGCGGGUGUGCGACGUGGCUCGCGAUCCAGGAGCGCUACGGCUGCCGGGUCCGGGACCUCGGCGAGUUCUUCGCGCUCGUCGGCCGCGCGUCGACGGAGAUCCCCCGGGGCGACGUCGCCAAAUACGCCGGGGACCUCGGCGCGGAGGCGCCGCUGCGCGUCGACUCGAGGGCCGAGAUGGGGCUCUUCUGCUGGCUCACCUCGACGAGCGUCGCCAUGUUGUUGAGCGAGUCGUUCCGGAUCAUCGACGCGAGGCCGUCCGUCGACGCCGUGUUCGAGUCGCAGCGCGGCAUCGGCCCCGGCGGCGGCGGCGGCGCGCCGGACGGCGUCGUGCGCAGGACCUUGGGCGUCGCCGACGGCGGCUCGGCCAGCGCCGCGCGCGCGGCGUCCAAGUCCUUCUCCGCGGUGAUCAAAGCGUUGUUCGUCGCCCACUUGCUCGCGUCGGCCGCGAAGCGCGCGAGCCGCGCGGCGGACGCGCCCUCGGCGUGCAUGCGGAGCACGGCGCGGGACGUCUGCUGGAUCUUCGACGCGCGCGCGAGCCGCGUCUCCGGCUCGCAGACGAGGCCCAGGCCCCGGCGCGACUCGCCCUGGAUGGGCACGCGGCCGCCCGCGACGCAGUGGACCAUGCGGCUCCAAAAGGACCAGCGCGUCGCCACCAUUCAGCUCCCGGACGCCGGCGCCUACGGCCCGCGGUGCGUGCCGCCGCCGGCCGACGGCAGCCGGCGGCGCUUCAAGCGGCUCUGCGCGCCGAGCUUCCUCAUCAUCGGCUUCGGCCGCUGCGGGACGACGUCGCUGGCGCGGUACCUCAACAGGCACCCGCGCGCGUCGUUCGGCACGCGCAAGGAGCACUUCUACUUCUACCGGCCCGAGUUCUGCGACCUCCAGCACGGGCCGAACAACGGCAGCGCCUGCGACGUCUCCGCCUACGCGUCCCAGUUCCCCGUGGCGCGCAAGGAGCCGCAGCGCGACGCGACCUUCGACGCGACGCCCAUGCUCGGCGGCGACAUGGGCGUGCCGGCGAGCGAGCGGACGAUGGCGUGGCUCGCGACGCGGCUGCCGGGCCUCCGGUUCCUCGUGCUCGUCAAGUCCCCCGCGGACCGCUUCAUGUCGAACCCGCUCGCGUCGAACAAGGUCGCGCGCUUCCAGGACUCGCUCGAGGCGGGCACGAACGCGAUGCCGCGCAAGCUCCGGCAGCUCCUCCUCGACAACUGCUACGUCGACAAGCUCGAGGCCUGGCUGAAGUUCUUCCCGCCGGAGCGGUUCCUGCUGCUCCAGUCGGAGGACCUCCGGGUGGAGACGCGGCGCCAGGCCAUGCUCGACGAGGUCCACGACUUCCUGAGGCUGCCGCCGCACGCGUACCCGGCGGAGGACCUCGCGGAGCUCGGCAACUUCCGCAAGUUCACGAACACGACCGUGAGCCCGGCGCUGCGGUCCACGGCGCGCCUCCGCGCCGCGAUCGCGCCGGGCGCCGCGCCGCUCGACUGGUGCGCGGCGUCGCGCGCCGUCGACCCGGGCGCGCGCGUGCUCUCGCGGUCCAAGCCGCCCGUCGCGGACCCGACGCUCCCGCCCCCGGCGCCGCGGCGCGCCGCCGCGGGGCGCGGCCGCUACGCCUACGGCCUCACGCUGAGGGCGGCCGCGCGGUCCCCGCCGCGGCCCGCGCCGCGCUGCUUCCCGCGGAGGGUCGGCGACCGGGGCCACGUGGAGCGCUACUGCGCGCCGAGCUUCCUCAUCAUCGGCUUCGGCCGCUGCGGGACGACGUCGCUCGCCAAGUACCUCGCCGCGCACCCGCGCUGCGGCUUCGGCACGCGCAAGGAGCACUUCUACUUCUCGCGGCCCGAGAACUGCGACCUCCACCACGGGCCCAACAACUCGAGCCGCUGCGACCUCGAGGAGUACGCGCGGACGUUCCCGAUCGUCGCGUCGACGCCGGCGUCCGCCGACGGGCGCGCCGUCCGGAGACGCGAGUGCUGCUCGUCGAAGCCGGACCGCGACGUGACCUUCGACGCGACGCCCAUGCUCGGCGGCGACAUGGGCGCGCGGGCCGGCGUCCCGACCUUCGAGAGCGUCCCGGCGAACGAGGCGACGCGGCUCUGGCUCUCGCGAAACCUCCCGCACCUGCGCCUCCUCGUGCUGCUCAAGUCGCCGGCGGACCGCUUCAUGUCGAACCCCCUGGCGACGCGAAAGCUCGAGCGCCUCCAGGACAGCCUCCUCGACGGGUCGAACGCGAUGCCCCCCAAGCUCGCGCAGAUCCUCCGGGACAACUGCUACGUCGACAAGCUCGCGCCGUGGUUCGACGCGUUCCCGAGGGACCGGUUCCUGCUGCUCGACUCCGACGACCUGCGCGGCGACGUGCCCGUGCGCCAGCGCAUCCUCGACGACGUCCACGACUUCCUCGAGCUCCCGGCGCACGCGUACGCGACGGAGGACCUCGACCUCCUCGGCAACUUCCACCUCGCCUCCAACGCGACGGUGCUGCCCCUGCUCCGGCGCACGGUCAACUGCCUGCCGGUCCUCGUCGACUGCGAGCGGCGCCUCGAGGCGCUCCUCGACGCGCCGCCGGGCGCGUUCGACUGGUGCGCGCGCGCGCGCGCGGACCUGCCCGACGCGGGCGACGUCCGCCUCGCGUCGUCGCGGCCGCCCGUGCCCCGGCCGUCGCCCAUGCCGACGCCGAAGCCGCGGAAGAAGAAGCGGCGGUCCUGCCGGGAGCUCGUCGUCGGCACGACGAUGAUGGGCCAGGCCACGGAGGCGGACACGUACCGCACGGUCGAGUUCCAGAGGGACGGCGUCGCCGUGGCCUGCGGCGGUACCUACGAGCCGGGCGCGACCUACGCGGCGACGAUGAGCCCGCUGCCGCCCGGCGGCGGCGGCGUCCUCUUCGACCUCUCGGGCGGCGUCUUCGACGACGACUGGUGCGACGGCGCGCGGUCCGCCAAGUCGUACACGUACCUCGCCGCGCCGACGGACGGCUCGGCCAUGGCGCUCGUCGGCGGCUGGAGCGCGGGCUACGGCCGCGUGAGAAUCACGGACGCGUGCGAGCUCGCGGCGCCCGCGGCGCCGUCGCCGACGCCGGAGCCGGCGCCGGCGCCGACCGCGGCGCCGACGGUCGCCCCGACGGCGUGCAGCGACGCGCCGGACUUCCACAAGAAGAACGCGCCGGCCAAGGACUGCGCCUGGGUCGCCAAGGUCCCCGAGGACCGCUGCGCGGCGAAAGGCGACGAGACCCAGGCGUGGCAGAGCUGCCCCGCGACCUGCAGCACGUGCCCCUACGAGUGCGCCGGCGACUCGGCGUCCUGGCACAAGAAGAGCGACGCGGCCAAGGACUGCGGCUGGGUGACGGGCUACUACUACAACCGCGCGUCGGUGAUCGGCGAGGACGGAUCCAUGGCCUUCGAAUCCUGCCCGUCGGCGACGCGGCGCUGCUUCUACGAGGGCUAUCGCGACUCGAACACGUGGGCGAAGAAGGACCAGCCGUGGAAGGACUGCGCGUGGGCGGCCGCGGCGACGAGCCGCUGCGUCGCCGUCGGCGACGACGGCACCUACGCGUUCGAAUCGUGCCGGGCCGCGUGCCUGAUCGGCUGGUACGCCGGGGCCGACGACGCGUCCUGGGCGAAGAAGAACAAGCCGUCCAAGGACUGCCCCUGGGUCGCGAACGACGCGCCCGCGCGAUGCACGGUCAAGGGCGACGACGACUCCUGGGCCUUCCAGAGCUGCCCCGCGGCGUGCGGCGCGUAA